AUGUCCCUCCUUGCCCUUCUCGUGGCGGCGGUGCCGGCGGCCGCCCACCUUCACCUGCAGAGCAACGCGUGCUACGGUUACCGUAACAACAAUCUCAAUACCAUCUACCCUCUGAGUCAAGGGACUUUUGAUGAGUGGUGGUUCCACGGCUACGUCGACGACCCGCCCGCUGAUGACAAGAUUGUCAAUCUCCCCGCUGGUGGCGUCACCACACAGUCAGUCGGCUGCUCCACUGGUACUCCUGGUCUGGACUACACCGCAGGUGUUUGCGACUCUUCGAGCGGCGGUGACGGCGGUACCACUCACGCUGUCGAUGUCAUGCGUACUCCUUUCGACCUCCUCCAGGACGUUCGCGGCUGCGGUAUUGCUAUUGCCUACGAGUCCGAUGCCUCUCUCGUCCAGCCCGAGGAUUUUGUCGUCAUCUCCGUCAACACGUCCUGCCCGUGGCGGAGGUCGAACGACUUCCACAUCCCCGCCGAUCUCCCCGCUUGCCCCGAGGGUGGUUGCACCUGCAUGUGGGGAUGGGUCCACUCUCCCAACGCCGGUGGUGCCGCUGAGAUGUACUUUAACGGUUUCCGCUGCAACGUCACUGGCGCCACCGGCACCGUCCCCCUCCCGACUGCCCAACUCGCUCGCAAGUGCAACGUUGACAAGAACAACUGCACUGUUGGCGCUAAGAGCCCCCACUACUGGUGGCAGAAGGAGCGUAACAACAACUUCCAAGGAUACAGCGACCCUCCCUUUUACAACACCGACUACGGCUACCAGAAUGGUGCGCAGACCGACCUCUGGGAGACCGGAGAUGAGAGCCUCUGGGCCCACGAGUGCGACUGGGCUCCUGGUCCUCAGCUGUACGACGGCGCUUGGUCCAACGUCCGCGAGGUCCGUGGCGAGUGGAACGGCACUUCGAUCCCCGAAAAGGUUCGCCAGAACGCGACCAACCCUGCUUCCCAGUGUGUCAACUGGACCAAGACUUCCACCUCGCUCGCCAGCACCAGCACUGCCGUCACCACGUCAGUGACUUCGUUCUACUCCACUGCCACCACGGACGCUGCUACGCAGUCCACCUCCAGCUCGUCCGAGUCGCUCUCCGCCAGCUCGUCCGAGUCUCUUUCGGUCAGCGAGUCUGCCACUACUGUUUCGCAGUCUAGCUCCACCCUUGCUACCGAAGCUUCUCAGUCGGCAUCGACUUCAUCGACCGAGUCAUACGAGUCCGUUUACUCGUCGGCAUCCUCGUCCGGCUACAUCUCCGAGGCUGUCUCUUCGGAGGUCCCCGCUUCUACCACUGCCACGUUUGAGCCUUCGUCAACCCAGUCUAUCUCGUCGAGCGAAACCAUCGCGUCCACCACCAAUUCGGCCACUUACGAGGCCCCCACCUCUGUUCAGACAACCGAGGUGCUGUCGUCGGUGGAGUCGACCUUCAGUGAGAGCGCUUCCACCGAGGCCGUGAACACGGGUUCGGGUGUGUCGGAGGAGAUUGUUUCAACCGCCACCGGUGAGCCAUCUGGUUUCUCGACCGAGGCCGCCUACUCGACAGCUGGUGCUGUGUCCUCUGCUGAGGCCAUUUACUCGUCGGUUGAGUCUGCUACCACUUCCGCCCCGGCCUUCACCUCGGCUGUUCACUCCUCGUCGACUCCAUCGUCCGCUGCCCACGCCAGCCCCUCUACCGCGAACAAGGGCAACACUGGUGGCUACAACCCUUCCAAUGGCCCUAACCGUAUGGGUAGCCCCAAGGCAGGCUCAGCUGUGAACGGUUGCAGCGCCGAGGAGCACCAGCCCGACCACCACUCGACUCAGCAGUCGAACUCCAAGACUCAGCAGUCGAACUCCAAGGGCCACUCGUAUGGCCAGUCCAACAUCCACCGCAGGCGUAGCCGCAACUAA